UUACGCAGGCGGAACUGGGGGGAGGGAGUAAACUAUUACCACGUGACGUUCGGGUCAGGUGGUUGGGCCAGCCUCCGCGCUGGAGCUGUGACUGGCUGACUCUAAUAAGAAGACGCCACUAGGGGCGGGGCGAAGAGGGGCGCAGGCUCACUGCUUUUUGAGUCUCGGGACCCCUGUUGGAGAGACUAUGGCGCUCAACAAGAAUCACUCGGAGGGCGGCGGAGUGAUCGUCAACAACACCGAGAGCAUCCUAAUGUCCUAUGAUCAUGUGGAACUCACAUUCAAUGACAUGAAGAACGUGCCAGAAGCCUUCAAAGGGACCAAGAAAGGCACCGUCUACCUUACGCCUUACCGGGUGAGUUGCACAGCAGGACAGUUGGUUGAGAGGCUUGUUGCUGUUGGAGGUGACGUGAGUCUUAGUCUUAGGUCCGCCUCAGCCUCAUGAGUCAAGUGGCCUCUGAACCGUGGUGAAUGUUAGUGCCUCACUCUGCCUGUUUCUCUGUCACAUGCUCCUGGAUUCCAGAACCACCAGGCUCUUUGUGUAACUGACCUGACCACUGGGCAGUAACCCAUGUAAAUUCCAGAGCCGCUGCUGCAAAAUCUCUAUAGAGCUGGAUGCAGCCACUGGCAUGACUUGGGCCUGGAGGCCAGAGACUAUUAUUAUUAAUAUUUUGUUUUCUGUGAGAGUAGCCCAUGAAGCACUGUGCACAUCCAGAGUGAGAAAUCUGGUAAACAGGGCACAGUUGCAUGGCACAGCCUCUGGACUGGGCAGAGAGCCCGGUACUACCCCGCAGAAUGACAAAUGCCAGGCUGCAGAAUAGGCCUUGCCUGAGAGUUACCCACGUGGACUCUGAGAGGUUGAGAAAUACAAACGGAUGUUCUUGGAAAAUUGCUGCUUGUGGCUACUCAAGGCUUAGACUCAAAGACAGGCUGGUGCAGUGGCUCACGCCUGUAAUCCCAGCAC